AUGGCCGCAAGUGAUUCCGGUCCGGCGGUACUUGAAGAAGUCAUCGUAACCGCAACAAGGCGAGAGGAGAGCGCGCAGGAUAUACCGGUUGCGGUUUCGACCUUCAGCGGAGCUUUUCUUGAAGAGCGGCAGGCCUUUAAUCUUGAAGAUCUUGAGGGUCUGGCGCCCAAUCUGCUUAUCGAUCCGGUGAAUUUCCAGUCAGGUGGUGCGUCUAUCACGAUCCGCGGUAUUGGCGUGUCUGAUAUUGAUCGAACUUUCAGUCCAGGUGUCCAAGUCGUCGUUGAUGAUGUCACCUUUGGUUCAUCUACUGCCAACCAAAUGCUGAAUGUGCUGGACGUAGAACGCAUUGAAGUACUGCGUGGGCCCCAGGGAACGCUUUUUGGCGCUAAUACGAUUGGCGGCGCCAUCAGCGUUACCCGUAAGAAACCCACCGGAGAAUUUGGUGUUGAGGGUAAGGUAACCAUGGGUGACGACGAUCGACGGGAUAUCCACGUGUCGGUUGAGGCACCUAUCAUCGAUGAUAUCUUAGCGGCUCGGAUCUAUGUCGCUGAUCUGGAAGAUGAUGGUCCAUUUACCAAUGUAUUCAAUGGUAAAAGCCGGGGUUUCAGAGAUUUUUUUGCAGUCUCGCCCAGCGUGCGAUGGACACCCACAGAUUCAUUCGAAGCAACUCUGACCUACGAUUACUACAAAAAUGAAAGCGACUGGGGGAUGGCCAUAAACACCUCCGGGCCAAGUGAACUAGCCUGUCUUGGCUUGCUUUUCCCUGCAGGCGCCAUUUCUGGUGCUGUGCCAGGUGUGCCCAUUUGUGAUGACCCGAACCGAGAUCUGGAAGAGGUUAACCAGGAUCAUCCGACCGGCCAGAAAGUCACUUUGAAUGCCGCGACCAUACAUAUGAAACUCGAUGUUGACGCCAUUACGUUUGAAUCCAUUACCGGCUGGAGUCGCAGCAAAGAGAAUCGAGAAACAGACUUUGACGGCGCACCACAACCGGUAUUUGCAUCAAAACAAUUUGCUGAUGAAGAAUCGAUCUCCCAGGAGUUUCGCCUCAGUUAUGAUCAUUCCGAAAAUCUGAAUAUGCUUUUUGGGUUUUACGGGGCUGCUUCGGACUGGUUGCGCGGCGCAAACUCUCUGUUUGUGUUUGACCUGUUCGGUUUUCCACCAGGCACCACGGAGAUUGUAUCUCGCGAGCAGGAAACCAAGAAUAUGGGGGUUUUUGCGACAACCAAUAUUGCCCUAACAGAUCAACUCGAACUGUCUUUAGGCGGGCGUUACUCCUAUGAGAAGCGCGAAUUUAUCUACCGAAACGGUUUUAACCAGGUCGGCGGGGGAUUCUGGCCAAAUGCUCCAGGUUUCGAUAAUUUUGCCGCAGGCAGCGAAUCCUGGACCGAAUUCACGCCUAAGGUUUCUGUCCAAUACACCGUGCGCGAUGAUUUGAUGGCCUAUGUGUCGUUUGCACAGGGUUUUAAAUCCGGUGGUUUCAACGGUCGUGGCAACUCUCAGGAUACUAUUGGCCCUUAUGAUCCAGAACUGGUGGAUUCCUAUGAGAUCGGCAUAAAAAGUCAGUGGUGGGGCAAUCGGUUGCGAUUCAAUGCAGUUUACUUCCAGACAGAUUAUGAAGAUAAACAGGAAGAGAUUAUCCGCAAUAAUCCAAAUACCGGUGCGACAAUUACAGCGGUUGAUAAUGCUGGUAACGUAGAAAUUGAUGGCGUGGAAAUUGAUUGGGCCUUGUUGAUUAAUAAUCUGACGCUUUCCGGUUCGGUGGGCUACCUGGACGCUGAGUACAAUUCGUUUGUAUCUGAUGGGAUUGAUAACGCGCCUUUUAUUAUUAUGCGUCGCGCGCCGGAAUGGACGUUUUCAGUGACUGCACAAUAUGCGAUGGAAGUUGGUCCAGGUGAACUCCGCGCGCUGAUCAGCUACCGCUAUAUUGAUGACUAUCAAUCGAAUCUGAGUCCGGGCGCUAACGCAGGCGGCACGCUGUUUAAUGAUCCGCGCGGUCUGGUUGAGCCGGAGCCGAUUCUGGAUGCAUCAGUUACCUACGCUUUCGAAGUCAGUGAUCACGAGGUUUACGUGAGCGCCUUUGGUAAGAACAUUACCGAUGAGGUGUACAUUAAUGGCCACACUAAUGUUGGCAAUCUCUGGUCAAUGGGCAGUGUCCACCCUGGCAGUGUAUUCGGCUUUGAAAUUGGCGGUAAGUGUUUGGGUGGCCUUUUCGUGUCUUCUUAUGGGGCCGAAUUUGAAGACGCAAAAAAGGCGGUUCAAAGAGCCGUAGAUCUGGGCGUGUCCUACGUAGACACUGCGCCGAUGUACGGUAACAGUGAACAAGUCUUAGGUCAGAUACUGCCGCAGAUCGAUUCGAAGAUGGUGGUGUCAACAAAGCUUGGCGCCAGGCCUCAGCCUUUUGACGCCAAAGACGCGAGAGCGCUUCGUCAGUCGUUUGAAGAAAGUUGCCGUCUUUUAGGCCGCGAUGAAAUCGACGUCCUGAUGAUUCACGAACCCGAUAGGCCCAGACAGUUUGAUUGGUGGGACGACUUCAGCAGGGCCGAAGGUCCUGUCAUGGAAGUGCUUGAGUCACUAAAGGCUGAAGGUAGAAUUCGAUACCUGGGUCUUGGUGGAACAACCGCCUAUGAAAUGGCAACGCUGUUGCGAACCGGCAAGUUUGACGUUGUCCUGACAGCGUUUAACUACAGCAUGCUGUGGCAGGAAGCUGUCCAUGAGCUGUUACCCGCAGCGCGUGACCACAAUGUAGGUGUCGUUAUUGGGUCGCCUCUGCAGCAGGGUGCGUUGGCGCGCAAGUGGGACGAAGUCGAUACCGGCGCAACAUGGCUAUCAAAGCCGCGUCGCGAACAGUUUCAAGCGCUUUAUGCGCUGCUGGAUGAAAUUGAUAUUCCAUUACCCGAAUUAGGUCUGCGUUUUGUGCUCUCCAAUCCGGAUGUGCAUACGGUUUUAAGUGGUGUGCGUAGUGCGGCUGAGGUGGAGCAGAAUGUCGCGGCGGCCGAGAAGGGUGCGUUGCCAGAAGAUUUGUUAGGCCGUAUCAACGAGAUUGCGGCGAUGGCUCGCCACCGGCUGGACCGAUCUAACAGAUCUCAGGAAACAAAUAUGAAAGCAGCCAUAGUGGUUGAGCCUGGUUCACUGGAGCUUCGUGAGUUGCCCGUGCCGGAGACAGAGGAUUAUCAGGUGCUUUGCGAAAACCUCUUCGGUGCAGUCUGUGCAGGCACGGACGGGCAUCUUAUUGCCGGGAAUUUGCCAAUUCCUGGCAUAUCUUACCCACUUAUUCUUGGGCACGAGUCCAUCGGACGUGUUGUAAAAGUGGGCAACAAGGUCAAACACUUCGAGAUAGGGGAUCUCAUUACACGCACGGGUUAUCCGGGUUCUGAUGACCUGCCUGCGUUCUGGGGUGGGUUUUCUGAAUAUGGUAUCGCUACAGAUGGGCUGGCUAUGCGCGACGAUGGCGUCGAUGAGGAGCAGUGGUCUGCACACAUGAUUAAUCAGGUGCUGCCAGAGGGCACCAAUCCCGCCGCGGCAACAAUGAUGGUGACCUGGCGCGAAACCUACUCCUAUAUCUCAAGGCUUGGUGUCAAGCCUGGUGCAUCUGUGCUUAUCAUUGGGUCUGGUGGCAAUGGAUUUUCGUUUGCAGUCAUGGCCAAUGCGCUUGGCGCUGGCACUGUCACCAUGAUCGGUAAUCCGCACUGGCAGACGACUUGUGAAAAGGCUGGAAUUGAUGCGUUACUCGACUACAGGGCAUCUUCAUUAGAGCAGGAUGUAGCCGCAGCAGCAGGUAGUGGUUUUGAUUUGGUCAUAGAUGCGGUAGGCAGGACCGGUGCACUUGAAAAAAUGAUGCCCUUUCUUGCGCCUGACGGAAGGGUUGGGAUCUAUGGAAUAGAAGAUCUGGGUGAUCGCAUGGCUUAUCUCAAAGUGCUUGCAGAUGCCGGUGUUACGGUCCACGGCCCUGGCGAGUACAGUGAAGCUGAAGCGCACACAAAGGUUGUUGAGCUCCUGCAGGCGGGUCAGCUGGAUGCGAGUAUCUGGUUUGAUGUCACUGCGCCGAAAUUGCUGACUGAGUUUCAGUCUGCAAUUGACGAUAUCAAUGCAAAGCGUUCGCUCAAGGCAGUGAUAAAAAUAAAGGAUGCAGCAGGCUAA